AUGGAUCGUAUCGAGAGAGUAAGACAGGAUGUACAGUCAGACGAGCCGGGGUCACUAACAGAUUCGUUUCUGGCCCGUAUGAGUGUACCGAAGGACUUUGUUUCCGAUAGUCUACACUUAAUUUCGAAGAUGUAUGCUGAUCUGCCUCCGCGACUGAAGACGGUUCAGAACUUGACAGGAGAUCCACAAACGGACCGGUACAGAUUUGUUGUUGGAACUGAGCAACCUAGCAUGCACUUGCGGUGUGCUAUUGCCAGUGAAUUCCUGGACGAGCUAAGCGCUGUUCCUCUAGAGUUCUUCCAUAGUUUGAGUACUGGCUCGCUCCAUCAUCUGGCACAAGUUGCUCAAAUGCUUGGCGAUGCCACUCAGCCACCUCUUUUUGCCUGGAGAUAUCUACAAGUCAGGAACAUCCUGAUAAUACUUGCUGACUUCCUGGAGAAGAUUGAGUCAACUCGAAUCUCGCCUCCUGGGCUGGCUGUGGAACUUCGUUCCAAAAUAAGUCACAUGGAUAGAGCAAUGCAACAGUCAUCAAAAUGGAAUCAAGUACCCGGCUUACUAUCUAUGGGUCGGAGUCUCCUGCUGGGAUUGUCGGAUCAAAAUGGGAUUGAGAAUGCAAACUCUCUGAAUGGCCCACAAGAGGAUUUUGCAUCACAGUUUGUGAAUGGGAUUCGACCCAUGUCACAAAGCUUCUCACCAAGCAUGGCACAUUUCAGUCGUCUACUGGGCCUGAAUGAUCCGAUGCCUGAUCAGUUCUCUACACAAGAGCUACAAAGCUCUACCAUGUCAGUCGAUGCCAUCACUGCUGCUGAGGAGCAAAGAGCAGCAUCCGCACUCGAUAUGACACAACAGGGGGCACAUCAAACCCAAGAAUCUGAUCUUGGAUUUUCUUUGGCACAAAGUAAUCCAAUACCGACCGGUAUAUUUGACGGCUGGCAAAGUCUUUUACGAUGA